AUGCCUGGAAAAGAGCUGACAGACCCUUGUGUGGACUGCGCCGAUGCGGAGGCCAUAUUGACGGUGCGAUGCCGUCGUCUUUGCCAGGAUUGCUAUGCAAGAUUCGUGAAUUUCAAAGUGUUUAAGCGCAUGGAGAACUACCGUCUUCGAAGAAAUAUGUCCAGAACUGGCCCAUGCAAACUGCUGCUUCCGCUCUCAUAUGGCACCUCCUCCUCGGUGUUGUUGCACAUUCUGAAUGCUCAGAUUCAACACGAGCGCGCAAAGUCCCAUCCCUCCCCAGGCUUUGAACUUCAUGUGCUCGUGAUAGAGCCUUCGACCGUCUCAACUUCAAGCCCACCGCACGAUGAAGGGUUUGACCUGCUUCAGCAGACUUUCCCUUCGCACUCCUUCACUCGGGUCUCGCUUCACAAUGUUUUCGAGUUGGAUCCUAGUAUUCAGGAUGUCCUUUCACAGUUUUCCAGCGAAGGCUUUACAGACGAUGCCACUAUGUCGGAUAAAGACCGUCUGGAUGCCUUCCGUGCUUCCAUUACAACCGCUACAUCCCGAGUCGACGUUGAUUAUAUCUUGAUUACCCGACUCGUCGUCGCAUUUGCGAAGAAAAUUGAGUGUAGAGGAGUGGUAUGGGGAGAUUCGGAUACUAGACUCGCGGCCAAGACUCUCGCCAAUGUGGCCAAAGGACGUGGCUCAGCUAUUACCUGGCAGGUGUGCGAUGGAAUGUCGCCGUUUGGCCUCGAGUUCAGCUUUCCUUUGCGGGACUUGUACAAAGCUGAGGUGCAAAACUACGCGAGUUUCUUUCCUGAAUUGGCCAAGAUCAUCAUCCCAGACGAGCCGCCUUCGGAAAACAUUCUUACUAAGAACUUGUCAAUCGACGAACUCAUGAUGCGCUACGUUCAGACACAGGGUGAAAAGUACCCCGGCAUUAUGGCCAAUGUGACGCGGACUGCAAGCAAGCUCCAAGCAUCUCUAGUACCUGCUAACGUACCUCGAUGCAGUUUCUGCGGGGGCUCCAUGCUGAAUCAAGACGGUCAAAUCAUUAUGGGUGGUGCCGCUGGCAAUUCGGAAGUCCGUCAGGGAGCCGAACUAUGCUACGCCUGCACUAGGUCUCGUCCUGAAGUAUCUUAUUAA